AUGGAGGUCCGAGAUCUACCGCUUAACGAUGAGAGCGAGCAGACGUGGCUCAUUGAGGAUGACGUGAGUCGCAUGAUCAGUCAUGGCGAGUGGACCUCCUUCGACACGAGCAGAAAGGUCGUGGUUCAGGUAGUCGACAUAGAGUACGCGGACGGCCCGCCUGGCGGAUACGUUGAUGCAUUCAACGCCGUGGCUGCUGGGAGAUACAAGUAUGGGCUGCGGAUGAGAAAUGGCAUGAAAGUCGCAAGGUUGCCGUGGGUGCCCGAGCAGAUCAAGGAUGCGGUUGAAGGAGUUCCAAAACGAAAGCGCUAUCAACCACGAGGUAAACAGCUCUACAAACUCAACGAACCUUGGACUCUGCGUUCACCCAAAUGGGACCCAUCAGCAAACAUUGAGGUUCCCUUGCCCAAAGACACGCUUACCGCCAGCGACAGGUCUGCUCCGUCCCUGGACAGUCUCCCAGAUGAGAUCCUCUUACACAUCAUCAGCUUUUGCGACACAACUGCUAGGCUAUGUCUCAGUCGGACCAACGAACGCUACAGAUGGCUUGUCGGCCCUCAAAGCUGCACACCUUGGGAUAUACAUUUGUUCGACCGUCGCUUGAGGCACGACCAGCGGAGGCCAGUGGGACUAAUUCGAUGGAUCGGCCGACGUGGGCUCAAAUGGUUAUCAGAAUUCUCUCCUAUGAACCCCCUGGCCAUGGCUUUUAACCGGCGGUUCGAUCGAAAGCAUCAGAAGUUCCAAGAACAGACGGCGGUACGCCAAGGGACCCAGCAGAACCCCAAUACCGAUGGCGGCAGUCAGAAGCAUGCGCAGGCUCAGGCGGCCUCUACAGCAUAUUGA